GUGCGGCCGGCAUGGAUCGUGGAUCGGCGACGGCGCGACGGCGACGGCUCGGUCCGCGUGAAAAUUGCCAACGUCGGGCAGUGCAUUCUGUCGCGCGCGUAAGAUCUCAUCAUCGAACAUUGGUGCUGAUACCGUCAAUCUUCCAUCGUCAAACUCGAGCGAAUCGAAGCGAGAGUGAAGUGAGAGAUGAACCGCGAACUUGACGCGAGUGCGUCGCGCGCGUGGUGAGGGAGAUUUUCGGAGAGAUAAUACAUUUUUUCCAAAGAAAAUUAUUUUAUUCGAAAAAUAGAGAGAGAGAGAGGGAGAUAAAUCACAUAAUGGAGGAAGUAUCCGUGGAGAACGCCAAAGUAUCGGACUCUGGAUACUCCAACACUUGCAGCAACAGUCAAUCGCAACGAAGCAGCGGCUCCGAAAGCAGUGGCUAUUGCGAUAGACGUCCGUCGACCUUGGGAUCCAGCAAUGAAACACUACCACAGCCGAUCAGCAAGAGAAAGGACAAGGAGUACAAGAAGAAGAAGUCGAAAACAGUAUCAGCGCUUAACGCCUCCGAGACGGAAGUCGGCGCCUUGAAGACGUCGAAUGCGUUGCCGGAAGUCGCGUCCUACACCACCAUCAUCCCCACGAACACCGGCGUGCUUGACGAGAAACCAGAAGAGGUAGCCGUGGAAUUGGUGGAUGCAACGGAUCCUGGCGAACACAACGGUGACAUCGCAGAUCCGGAAACAGCAGGGCUUGCUUCACGGACGACUCUUCUGGAUGAUUCUACAUCUCAGGCCAACGAGGGAUUUUGUGCGGUGAUUUCAAUGCACGACGGCCUCGUAUUGUACACAACCCCGUCGAUAGUCACUGCUCUCGGCUAUCUCAAGGAUGCUUGGAUUGGCCGAUCCUUCAUCGAUUACGUACACCCGAAAGAUAAGAGCACCUUAGCCGAUCAGAUCAGUGCCAUCGCUUCGCCACAGGAAGAGCGGUCUAAAGGCAUCAAUGGUAGAAGGGCGAGCUUGUUUUGCGGCCUGCGAAGAUUCACCAGAUGCAAUGUGCCAAACGGAUAUCGCGCGGAUGUUAGAUCGAAUUUGUACCUGACAUUUCACUUGACCUUAUCGUUCCGCGAUUUUCGGGACCGGACUGCCGAACAAAAGCCCAGCAACCGAGCUAUAUUUCUCGUAGUUACCGCACAACCUGUCCAUUCCGCAUACAAAGCGCCAGAAGAAACAAUAAUAUCUUCGAUAUUCACGACCCGCCACACCGCGACAUGCCAUUUAUCUCAUGUCGAUCCCGAUGUAGUUCAAUACUUUGGCUACCUACCACAGGAUAUGGUUGGCCGUUCGCUGUUUGACUUCUACCAUCCCGAGGAUUUGCCCUUCAUCAAAGACAUCUAUGAGACUGUGAUCAGACUCGAAGGCUCCUCCUUCAGGUCGAAACCGUACAGAUUUGCUGUGCAGAACGGAGGCUACGUUGUUCUCGAAACCGAAUGGUCAUCCUUUAUCAAUCCCUGGACGAAAAAACUAGAGUUUGUCGUAGGUCAGCAUCGGGUACUCAAAGGACCGGUGAAUCCGGAUAUCUUCCGCGUGCCAUCUGACAAUGAUUGCGGCUACCUGGCUAAUAUAAGUGAGGAGGUACUGAAGGAGGCUAAGAUCAUUCAGGGAGAGAUACGAGCGCUCCUCGACGAGAACAUCCAACGAAUGUCAGAUAUAACCGAGCUCGACGUAUCAAAACGAUGUAAGGACCUAGCGUCCUUUAUGGAAAAUCUGCUCCAAGAGACGAAGGCACUUGGCGUCAGCAAAGAUGGACUUCUCACGGCGGACGAACUUAGGAGCUUUUCGGGAUCACGCAAUCCCUUGUUGCAGGAGCACGACAGCGUGAUGCUCGGUGAAAUCUCGCCCCAUCACGAGUACUAUGAUAGCAAGUCCUCCACGGAGACGCCACCAAGUUACAAUCAGCUCAAUUACAACGAGAACAUCGAGCGUUUCUUCAAGAGCAAACCGCUCAUCACCACCAUGUACGGCAGCGACGAAGAAAAUGUCAAUUCCAGCAAUGAUGAAGGGGCGAGGAAGUGCAUGUCGCCGAUAAACGGCAGCGGUGCGAGCGGCAGCGGUAGUGCCGAGAAUUUGAGCAGCGGUUCCAACAAUCAGACAAGCUCGGCCAGUCGAGGCGAUGCCUUCAACACCACAAGCAAUAGCAUCACGACGGAGAGUUUCAAACUGCCCACAUUGACUGAGUCAUUGCUGAAUCGUCACAACGAGGACAUGGAGAAGCUUAUGAUGCAGAAACAUCGAGAGCUGCGCUCCAGCAUAAAGAACAGUGACAAAUUGAAGGACUCCCGCGUGAAGACCGAGAAGGGUAACGCGACCGACCAAAGUACUCAUUAUGUAAAUCAGAAUCACGGGCUCAAGAGGAGUGGCAGUCAUAGUUGGGAGGGUGAUAGCUACAAGGUAUCAAAACACGAUAAAAUCUCGAGGACGAGCACGGCAGGUCCGGCGAAUCUGACGACUACCGUCACCAGUAUGAGUCUUGAUCAGUCAACUGUGGUGCAAACGGGGACGAAUAUUAACUUGUGGCCACCGCUGUCAGUUGCUGUGCCCUCCUCUUCCGUAUCUGCGCAACCUUGCAAUUCCCUCCACAACACCAAUUCGGAGACAACACCGAAAUUUUCCUUAUUUUCACCGAUGAUACCGGUAUAUUACGUGCCGAUAUCGCAACCCUGCGAAUCCACGGCACCGAUGUCACCACCUCAGGAGAAGAUUGAUCCACUUCCGUCGAAGCAAUCGACGCAACAUCCUUAUAUGUCCUAUGUCACGACAGCAAUGGCCGGUAUGAUCUAUCCAGCCAUGAUCGGCGCGCCGCCGCCAUGCGCGAUGAUGUAUCAGCCGUUUUUGAUACCGGAGCAAGCUCCGGCGCGCGAGAUCAACCAACAACCAUCCAACAACAAAUGUCCGGAUCGUAAACGACCGGCUAGUCAAGCAACGAGUGUCAAGGCCGAACCGGGGAGUAUAAUGGCCAUGUCCGAAUCCUCCAAAAAGAUUCUUUCGCCGGGGGGGCUAUUCUCAUCAUGCGUGAGCAAUGAUGGUGGCUGCUCAAGCGUGGCGGAUCUCGUGACGCCGGUAAGCAUGAAGGAGCAUCGUCGGCCGACCGAUUAUAAGGAAGAUGAGUCGAGUUCGUCCAGCUUUUACAGUAGCUUUCUGUACAAGAGUAGCGACAGUAGCUGUAAUCCAGAUCAGAAGACGUGCGAGAUUUCCUCCGAGGAACACACCAAGUGCCAUCAAGGAAUGCGAAGGAGGGAGCCGCCUUGGUUGGAGGGCGUUCAAUUGACACCGGAUUUGAUUUACAAAUACCAGAUGCAUCCGAAGACAUUGAACGAUGUGUUGAAGGUCGACAUGGACGCGAUGAAGAAAUUCAAUCAACCGUUUCUGGUGAACGAUCAACUGGGACAACUUUAUUUGGAUCUGGAGCUGGGAGGUUUUGGUACGGAACUCGUUCUCGAGGAUGGGAUCACAUCAAGCGGAAGCGAGAGCGGAAGCAGCAACGGCAAUUGGACCGAGUCGCAGCGCAAGCAGAGAAAAAUGGUGAAAUACGGCAAACUAGUAAUGAUCCAUGAGGAGAAUGCGCCUCUACCGCCUCCAUUAACGUCUUAAGAUUAUAUCUUGCCAACAUUUGUAGGAAAUGCAGUCGGACAAAUUUAGAAUACCCUUGAGGUUAAAAUGAAGUUUGUUUUGUCAUGCUUGCAUUUUUUUCAAAUAGGUACAAUCUCUAGAUUAUAUUCUCGUACUCUCUCUUCUAGAUAUACGUUUGAUUUUUAAGAGUUAUCGAACAAUUUAACUUUCGUCCCGAUUUUAAUGAUUUCGUUUUCUAUAACGAGAUGUUUUUACUUUUGUUUUCUGCAAUCAUUAAUAAGUUUUUUCUAACUUUUAAGUUUAGAGUAAUUUUUAAUCUAAUAUAUAUAUAUAAUAAUUAUAUAUAAUAUAAGAAUAUAUACAAUUUAAUAUAUAUUUUUAAUAUGUAACGAACAAUAAUUCUCUCAUUGCGUUGCUAUCUAUGUUUUCAAUUACUUUUUAAAUACUCGAAAAAAUUAAAAUUCACUCUUGAAAUUUUAAAAUUAAAUUAAUUUAAAUUAAUUUUUGGCCGCGAUUAGAACAUUUGAAGUUAUAAUGUUUUUUUUGUAACUGUAAAUACGUUAUUUUCCAACACCUCGUUAAACUUAUUGAUGAAAUAUUAAUGAAAGUUAAAUUCUUUCUUUGAUACGUAAUAUUUAUCUGCGAAUUUUAAUCAAACGACGGAGAAUCAAUAAAAUUUUUUGAGAGUCAAUUGAAUAUUUCUAAUGGAGAAACUACAAAUACGGAUCGAUAUGUAAUAUACAUAAAAACACAUACACACACACACACGAAUGAAAUGCACUUGGUGAGAGAGACGUAAAUUUCUCGAUUUUUUAACGACAUACGUCCGCAUGUCUCACUUCUUUAAAAAAAAAAAAAUCGAUUUUAUGGAUGGCUCCAAUCUAGUCACUGGAAAAAAAUUGAUUCAGAUAUAAAGCUCGGAGAGAUUUUUGAAGAUGCCUUAAUCACAAGCAGUGUGUUUGAAUAUAUUUUUAAAAAAUUUUAACGCAAAGUGUGGAGCGUAUAAACAUAUAUGAAAUUACUACGAAAUAUUUGUAUGUACUUGUAUGAACAUAUAUAGUUAAUAUAUAUUACAUAUAUUCGCGUAUAGAGCGUGUCCUAGAAUUAUCGAGUAUUCUCUCAAUCACGAAUAUAACUUUCUGAUUGAAAGAAUUCAUUACGUGAUUUUGGAAAAUAUUUUGUUGAACAGAUGAUACGUAUAAUUGUAAUAUUAAUAUAUGAGAAUAGAAAAAUGAUGGUUUCCUCCGCAAUGCGAAGGCAAGUAUAGUACAAAAAAGAAUAACAUUCGAUACACACACACACACAUACAUAUACAUCUAUAUAUAGACAUAUAGUACAUAUACAAAUAAACACCAAUUUUCAAUAUUGUCUGUAAUAUUCGUUUGUAUUAUACAUAGCAACGUAUAUGAAUUUAUCGAAAGACUUCUACAUAUUUACAAUCGAUUUUGUAUUAAUCACAUGCAAAAAUAAUUUAUACGGCAAUGCACGUGGGAUUGAAAGAAAAUGCUUUGAUAGCAUAAUUCUCGUAUAGGUACUCUGCUUUUUUAUCGUGAAUUUUGAUACUCUUUUUUUUGUGAAUGUUUGUAUGUGAGUUUUGAUACUCUUUUUUCGUGAAUGUAAAAAUCACUUUUACAACUGUUAUACGAAAGAGCGAUUUUGCGAAAAAUAUACUAAACGAGCUUAGAUUAGUUUCACCUCUUUCUGUACGAUUAAUUCUUUCGUUAAAAAGUUUCCAUGAAAAUAGGAAGAAAAGGCCAAUAAACAUAUUAUCGGACAUCUCAAAGAGAUAUAUACAGGAUGUCCCAUUUAAAUUGACUACUUCAAAUAUCUCGAUGCAUUUUAGAGAAAAAUUAGAGAAAGAUUGUAAGGUUCAAAAGAGGCCAAUAGACGAUCUUAUUAAAUUUUAACUCAGGAGUCCAUUUUAAAAAACUCGAGAUAAGCUACACGAAUAUGCAAUAAAAUAUGAAAGUUUCCAUUUUAAAAAAUUGACUGGACCUGACUGAGGCCAACACGGAUCCCCGAUUCAAAAUCUAAUAAGAUCGUCUAUUGACUCCCUUUGAACCCUACAACUUUUGUUCGAAACAUUUUUCUGUGGAAUGCGUCGUUCAAGAGAUAUUUGAAGUGAUCAAUUAAAAUGAGACAUUCUGUAUAUUGAUAGCGAGAUAUAUAGUAUCGUUUUAUAGUUUAUAAUUUCAUAAUUUACGUUAUUUAUACUUACUAGACUUGCAAAUUGAAUUGGCACAAAAUAAUUGAUAUUACAGAAAUAGUAAUCCUAUAAAUUUAUUGAACAAUUAAUAAUUAUAAUCGAAAAAUUUUGCUUACUUUAUAUUAAUACUUUCGCUUAUAAUCGAUCAUAAGAAAUGCGUUUUUCGACAAAAUUCAUUGAUAUACAUUUAUUUUUGUUAGAAAUCUUAAUAUUCGUAUACGUUUGCAACUGGAAGCCUUAUCAAAAAGCGGCUAAAACCGACUCGCGAUACGCGAUUACGCGAUAAUGUGCAUUUCAUUCAUAAUACGUAGAAUUACGCGUCAUAUGUAGCUUCUAGGGAUUGCGAUUUCAGGAGAGAAAAAAUCAUAUCCUAAAAGCUAUAUCGCGCAUUGCAUCACAACACUCGUGGAGCAUCACAAUUUGUACUUUAAACAUUUUUUAUAUUUCUGGAAGAUAUUUUAAAGCAAAUAUAUAUAGGAUGAUACAUAUAUAUGUACAUGACUAGACUAAGGAGAGAUCUAUACUUAGAUUUAUUAUAUAAUACAUUUUUCUCUCGCGGGACUAAUUAUAUUUCUCACGUCAGUUUCCUCUGGCAAUUGUAAUUUUCUCCGAUUAAAUCCUCAUUAAAUAGAGCUUAACAAAAAAUAAAAUGGUAAUUGUAUAAAUGAUAAUUGUAUAAAUUUAAACUUAUACUAUUAUUAUACAUUACGUGUUUAGAAAAUAAUAGUCCAUGUGAGAGAGAAAACCGAUCGAAUUUCGCGAUAUUAAUCGCGGAAAAACGGUUACAAGAAAAAAAGAAACUCGAGUUAUGUAAUUGUAAUCGGACAGUCCGAUGAUUUGUUCGACGUAAACCUAUUUCAGGAAUUUAUGGACCAGUAAAUUAGCGCGAACAUUCUUUUUAAAGAAUCGGAAUGUUACAAUGAUGGCGCGUUCAGCGUGAAUAUUUUGUAUAUGACGUAUUUGUGUAUAUGUCGCGCAAGUACGGCGUGUUAUUAACACAUAGCGUUUGCCGUACGCGAUAUCGAUAAGAGGCAAUAUUUUAUAUACCGGCUAUUUAUUAGCGGAUCGAGAGAUUUCGCGGGACAGAGAGAGCUCCGAAACUCGGAAAAUCUAGUCUAGUAAUUUAUUAUAAUCCAUAGCUGUGUUGCGCUUCUAUAAACGUUUUCGCAUGAAGAGAACUAUUUUCUACGUGAGAUCUUGCACAUAAUGACUAUAUCUCGUACACAAAAGAAAUGACACAUGGGAUUAUCGGAUGCUGGAUUUUAGCGACCUUUCUGCCUUAUUGUAGUAUUCUACAUAUUUUUUCAUAUAGAAAAUACAUAUCAAUUUUUUCGCUAUAAAAUAGAAAAAAGUGAGUUAGUGUUGAAAUUAAUUAUUAUUAAGUUUUGAUAUUUUAUAGAACAAAAUAUAGUAAUAAUAUAGUAAUAAUAAUUAUAGUAAUAAUUAAUUUCACAGAGAAUUGCGUUUUACAAAUAAUAAAAUAUAAUACAUACUCUAUCUCUCUCUAAUUGGAAUAUACAUAUAUAGUAUGUGGAUCAAAAUGUCUUUUAAAAUCCAGCUUGCGAUUUUCUCGAUUAUGCAGCUAAAGAUGAUCGAUCAUCCUCACGCUAGCACAAAUUUUGCGAUCUCCUCAAGGAAUUAUUCCUGAGGAACAAUCAUAUCUUGAUCCGAUAAUCAAGAACAUUCUUUUCGAGGAUGACUCAAGGCGUUAAUAAAUACAAUCGUAGAGUUUAUCAUAGUAUAAGACGUUUGUAUAAUUUGUCAAGUUUUGAUUACAGAAAUAUAGUGACUGACAAUGAGCUUUUUUCUCUCUGGAGAAAAUCGAUCGAGUGAAUUAAAGAAAAGUUGCAAUGAGGACAAA